AUGGACAAGCUCGGAUUGCAGAGCAAGGUUCAGAUUCCAGUUUGCAAGCUAAUCCAUGUCGAGAGCUUCCCACUGGAUACCGCUGAAUUCUCCGUUGCAGGCAACGGGAACAUUGUUCGCAACUCGCUCACAGGUGAAACGAGGCUUAAGGACUGCGUUAGUCUUGUGAAAGGUUUUGUGGAGGAAGAAUGCUUUUGUCGUAUGUCUCUUGGCGAAGAGCAGGAAAUUGGAGACAAAUUUCCGGUGUAA